CCACGAAAGAGUAUAAAACGUGGGCAUCUUACUGGUCGACCGUCUUCUAUCUUCGCUGAUGGGCAUCGUGUAAAAUAUUAAUAAUUGAUCUGAUUGUAGUGUGGAAGAUAUACCGGCUGCAAUGGCAUCAAUUUCAAGUAUUCCGUGUCCCCAACUUGCAGUUCGGGGAACUGAAGGUGUAUACAUGAUCAGUGGACCACCAUCAUUUACAGCUAAUGAAACAUUCGGUCGUGAUGACAAAUGCACAGUGAUGACAUAUAGUGCUGAUGGGAGGUUGUUCGCUUACUCCAAUUCUGUUAGUGUAUUUGUAAUUCAGCUACCAGAGUGUGAAACCUUGCUUCAACUUGAUAAACCCAAAACUCUUGGUCUUGUCAUCUCGCCCUCCAGCAAAUACCUUGCUACAUGGGAAGUUUAUUUCACUUCACCCAGUACGCCGGGCCCUAAUCCAAAUGCUCAUAUAUGGGAGAUACAAUCUGGAAGAUGCGUCAAGUCAUAUAUCAUGAGACAAAAUGAAAUAUGGAAACCACAGUGGACGGAUGAUGAAAGGAUAUGUGCUAUACAAGCAAAUAGUGAAAUACACUUCUUUGAAAAUGGAAACUAUGAAAAUAUUGCGAAUAGACUUCAUCUUCCGAAGGUGAUGUGUCAAAUAUCAGGAGGAGGGUCCCCUGCACACAUAGCUGCUCAUAUACCAGGCAAUAAGGGAGCCCCUCACGCUGUUAGGCUUUUCAGGUACCCUAACUUUGAUGGGGCUGGAGCGAUGAUUGCCAAUAAGAGCUUUUACAAGGCAGACACUGUCGACAUGAUAUGGAACAAGAAAGGGUCUGCUGUUUUAGUGAUAGCCACACAAGAGGUAGAUUCAACAGGCAGUUCUUACUAUGGGGAAACGGCCUUACACUUCUUGGCUGUCAAUGGAGACAGUUCUAAUGUUACAGUAGGCAAGAAAGGUCCUGUGUACAGUGUGGAUUGGAAUCCGAAUUCAGCAGAGUUUUGUGUCAUCUAUGGCUUUAUGCCUGCUAAAGCAACACUAUUCAACCUCAAAUGCGAACCGAUCUUUGAUUUUGGAACCGGCCCAAGGAAUUGUGUCUACUUCAACCCUCAAGGAACCAUUAUUGCCCUUGGAGGAUUUGCCAACUUGAGAGGUCAUAUUCAAUUGUGGGAUAGGAAGAAUUUGAAGAUGAUUUCUGAGAGCCAAGCAGCUGAUGCAACAGUCUUCCAAUGGUCACCGGACGGACAGCACUAUGCUACGGCCGUCUGUGCUCCUAGACUGAGGGUUGGUAAUGGGUUCAAGGUAUGGCACGUCUCAGGGUCUCUCCUUCACGAGUUUGUCGCACCAUCAGACAGCGUUCAUAUAUAUGAUGUAGCAUGGCAGACGUUACCAGCGGAUCUCUUCAGGAAUGUCCCUAUCAGCAAACCAACGGGUAAGAUCAUCCAGUCUUCGGAACCCCAGGCUUCUAAAGAGGCUUACAGACCCCCGGGAGCCAGAGGGAAACCGGCUUCAUUCAAAUUGAAUGAAAUAGAACCGCCACAGGCUGCACCACAGACAGAAGAACAAAAGCUCUCAAAAUCAGCGCUGAAGAACAAGAAGAAGAGAGACGCAAAGAACAAGGGAAAGCCGGCCGUCACAGAUAAUAGAUCAGCUGAGCAGCGUGCUGCCCUUGCAACGGCUUCUUACGUCCUCUCCGAGCCCGCCCCGGCUCCAGCAGUAGGGGUUGAUGUGGAAGCAGAGAAAAAGAUUAAAAAUCUCAGGAAGAAACUGAAAGCCAUUGAGAAGCUGAAAGAACAACAAGCGAGUGGGAAGGAGCUUGAGAAGAAUCAGCUAGACAAAUUAAGCACGGAAGACGAGCUAAGAAGAGAACUAGCCAAGUUGGAGAUCCAAUGACGAUAAAAACACUUCCAAGUCAGGGUUCACCUCUUAAACUUGCCUGAUAUAGCAUUGUGGUACAACAGAAUACUGUUGGGUUGGAGAUUCAAAGGCAAUAGUGACUGCUACACCAAGAUUAACUUUCGAUGCAUAUAUGAUUGCCUGACAUAACAGUCUGUCAGUACUUGUUAAAUGCCUGACAUGCCACCCAGUCAGUGAUUGCAUGAUGGACUGACAUAUCAACAAAUUAAUACUUGUAAGAUUGCCUGACAUGCCAACCAGUCAAUGAUUGGCUGACAUAUGGACAUAUCAACAUUAAUAGCUGUAAGAUUGCCUGACAUGCCAACCAGUCAAUAAUUGCAUGAUUUCCCAAAAUACCAUCCAGUUAAUACCUUGACUUCCAGAUAUACAACCCAGUCAAUAGUUGUAUGAUUUGCCUGAUAUAUCACCAGUAUUAUACUUCCAUCAUAGCCUAACAUACUACCAAAUUAAUGCCUGCAUGAUGACCUGAUAUACCACCCCAGCAAUAC